AUGUGGUCUCUCCAGUCAAUACUACCUGCUAUAGCCGGUCUCUCGGCCACCGCCAGUGCAGCUGCCGUGCGGGAUCCGUCCUUCUAUCGAAACGCAGCCAGGCAGACAGGAGCCUUGGAAAACUAUCUCUUUGCAUACUUUACCAAUGAUACCAUUGCUGGCGAGAAGAUAUACUUUGCCGCAAGCCAGGGCAACAAUGCUCUCGACUGGACAGAGCUUAAUAAUGGCCAACCCGUCUUGACCUCCACCGAGGGUACAGGUGGAGUGAGAGACCCCUUCAUCAUUAGGUCUUUUGAUGGCUCUACCUUUUAUCUCAUCGCCACCGAUCUGUCCAUCGGCUCGGGAACGUCGUGGGACUCGGCGGUGCGUCAAGGCAGCCGCUAUAUCGAGAUUUGGGAAUCGAAUGAUCUGGAGACAUGGUCCGAGCAGCGCCAUGUCCUCGUCUCGCCCGAGACGGCAGGAAACACGUGGGCGCCCGAGGCCUAUUACGAUUCAGACCUGGGUGCCUACAUUGUCUUUUGGGCCUCAGAACUCUUUGAUGAGUCUGACACGGAGCACACGGGCAGCUCAUAUCACCGUGUUCUCUAUGCCACGACCACGGACUUUGUCACAUUUGGAGACCCUGUCAUUUGGGAAGAUACCGGCGUCUCGAGGAUAGAUUCGACAGUCAUUGAUGUCGAUGGUGUGUACUACAGAUUCACCAAAGACGAAGGCGGUAGUGCUACGGGAUGCGUGGAUAUCAUCCAGGAGAGCUCUACAGACUUACUCGCCACCAACUGGACGACGGUCACCUCUUGUAUUGGUGCCAACGCCGGGACCGCUGCCGUUGAGGGGCCAACCAUCUUCAAGUCCAACCCGGAUGAUGUAAAUGGAGAGAAAUACUAUCUCUUUGUUGACGAAUACAGCGGGCGUCACUACCUUCCCUUGGAGACUGACGAUAUCGCCAACCCAGAUUGGCAACUAUCUAGCUCGUACAGCUUGCCUACUAGUCCUCGACACGGCACCGUUCUCCCCAUCACUGCAGCCGAGUGGACAACUGUAACAGCAGGAACUGCACUCAAAUCCCGAUCCACACUGGUCAAACGUGAUAGUCCUGUUCUUCCAGGCUAUAACGCCGACCCCAACAUUGCUGUAUAUGGAAGCACUUAUUAUAUUUAUCCAACCACCGAUGGCUCCGCGGACUGGGGUGCUCACGACUUUUAUGUCUGGAGCUCACCGGAUCUUGUCAGCUGGACUCGUAGCGAUAGCCCCAUUCUGACGCUCAACGGCGAUGCUGGAAAUGUCCCCUGGGCUACAGGCAAUGCGUGGGCACCAACCAUUGCCGAGAAGGAUGGCAAGUACUACUUUUACUUCUGCGGCCACAAUCCCACAUACGAUGCCCAGAAUAUUGGUGUCGCAGUAGCCGAUUCUCCCACUGGACCAUUUACUGCACAAAGCGGUCCGCUAAUCACCAACACCGAGUCCAUUACUUCCUCGCAAGCCAUUGAUCCCGAUGCUUUUCUCGACCCCGUGUCCGGAAAGUAUUACCUGUUCUGGGGCAACGGCAAGUGUCUCUAUGCCGAGCUGUCGGACGACAUGCUUUCGAUCAAGGAGGACACUAUUGGUGAGAUCACAGGCUUGACCAACUACAUGGAGGGAACCUUUGUCAACUAUCGCGACGGCCUGUACCACUUGACCUAUUCCAUCAACGACACGAGAUCUCCGGACUACAAGGUCGGCUACGCAUCUGCCACGAGCGUCACCGGCCCAUACACCUACCAGGGCGUUGUCCUGCAAAAGGACGAGUCGCAGGGCAUUCUCGGCACCGGCCACAACUCCAUCAUUAGCGUUCCCGGCACCGACGAUUGGUACAUGGCCUACCACCGCUUUGCCAUUCCCAAUGGCAACGGCACGGAGCGUGAGGUGACCAUUGAUCGCGUCACCUUCAAUGCCGACACGGGCCUGAUGAACGCCGUGGUCCCAACAUUGACGAGUGUGGACGCCGAGACUGUCUCAUGA